ACAAGCCCAGUGUUGCCGUGGCCACCGCUGAGCGAGGGUGUGUUGCCGGCCUGUCUCGUCCCCCGCCACCAUGCCUGAGAACAGUGAGAAGAGUGAGGGGCAGAAGGUGUUCACGCUAGAGGAGGUCGCCAAGCACAAGACGCCCGACUCCUGCUGGUUCGUCAUCCAUGAUAAGGUCUACGACGUCUCAAAGUUCCUGGACGAGCACCCUGGAGGAGAGGAGGUGCUGCUGGAACAGGCGGGGCAGAACGUGACAGAGAACUUCGAAGAUGUGGGCCACUCAACAGACGCCAGGGAGAUGAUGGCAGAGUAUUGCAUUGGGGAGCUGUGUGAGGAGGACAAGAAACACACCAAGGACAGCGGACCAAAGUCUUGGGCGUCUGGAGAUUCCGCAGACCAGAACUCCUGGUCCAGCUGGCUGCUCCCGGUGGGCCUGGCCUUCAUCGCCUCCCUCAUCUACCGGAUGUACGCGUUGCCCCAAGCCACCUAAUGUUUCCUCACCUCCCCUCCCCGCCUCACCUGGCCCCUUGCACCUCCCCACUAAUGCCUUGUUGGUUUCAUUAUUCUUCUCUGUUGGUUAAUAUUUUUCUUUUUCUUUUUUUUCCUUGCUUUCUCUUGUUUCUUUCAUUUAAUUGUUUUCUUGUUUAUCUGAUUUUUUUUGUACUUUCCCCCUUGUCACUGUCUUCUUGUUUUUUAUUCUCCUUUGUUCAGUUCCUUUUUUUCUUUUUUGUCAUUUUGAUUUUUUUUUCUUUCUCUGCCUUGUUUGUUUGUUGUCCAGUUCUGUUUUCUUGUUUUCCUUCUGUUUAUCUAAUCGUUUGACCUUCCCUCACUUUACUUAUCCUUCUUUUGUUGUUUGAUAUUACCUUCCACUUAUCUCUCUUUUGUUAUACUCUUCAUUCCCUCACCUCUUACCCCUUAUACCUCUCUCUCUCUCUCUCUCUCUCUCUCUCUCUCUCUCUCUCUCUCUCUCUCUCUCUCUCUCUCUCUCUCUCUCUCUCUCUCUCUCUCUCUCUCUCUCUCUCUCUCUCUCUCUCUCUCUCUCUCUCUCUCUCUCCACUCUCCACCACCACCACCACUCACUACUCCCCCCACCCCCACUCUCCAUCAUCCCCCCUCGGCUGCCUUGCCCCCGUCGCUGUCAGCCGCCAUUGUUGCCACUGCUGCUGCUGCUGCUCGACUGCCACCCACUCGUCAGGUUGCAUCGUUGACCUCAUCUGUGACCUGCUGUGACCAAGAUUUUUUUUUUUUUUUGUCACUUUUUGUUUAUUUUUUAUUGCCACUUCAUUGUAUAGUAGUUAAUUAAUCCAUCUUUUUUUUAAUUAUUGUUUUAUUUUUAUUUAAUUUUUCCUUGUUAGAAGUGUGAAUAUUUGUUCAAUUAAUUUGUUUGUUUAUUUUUUGUUUUUUAUAAGCUGCAGUAUUUGUAAUUGUGAUAUAUAUGUAUGUUAUUUAUUUAUUUUUUAUUAUUUUUAUCAUCAUCUGUUUUCAUUCAUAUUCUCUUUCUCCUGUGCCUCUUCCUUCUCUUUAUUCCCUCCCUCCAUCUAUUCCCUUCAUUAUUACAGCAGUGCUCCCCAUUGUUAUUAUUAUUAUUACUACUUCACUUCAUUCUGGGUGUUUGUGUGUGUGUGUGUGUGUGUGUGUGUGUGUGUGUGUGUGUGUGUGUGUGUGUGUGUGUGUGUGUGUGUGUGAGUGUGAGGGGAGGGGGGAAGAGGAGGAGGAGGAAGAGGAGUGAGAAAUGAAUUAUGUAUUUUGCAUUUAUCUUUUACAUUGACACACGUACGUACAGACAUUUGUAACUUCCGUUCAUUCACAAGGAGAGAGUAUGAGUGGUGUUCUCAGAGUAUGCGUAGAAAAUGUUAAAGAAUUGUUCCGGGAGUGAGUGAAAAUGUUAAAGAAUUGUUCCAGGAGUGAAAAUGUUCCAAAUAAAAAUGUGAAAAUGAAAAAAGUGUUGAGAAUGUUCCAAAAGUGAAAAUAUUCCAGAUAAAAAUGUGAAAAUGAGAAAAUAUAUUUAUGUAAAAUGUUCUGAAAGUUAAAAUAACACAAAUGAAAAUGUGAAAAUGAAAAAAAUGUCAAGAAAUGUGCUGAAAAUGAAAGUAAUGUUCUGGAUAAAAAUGUAAAAAAAAUGUGAAAAAAAAGUUCCAAGAGAGAGAGAGAGAGAGAGAGAGAGAGAGAGAGAGAGAGAGAGAGAGAGAGAGAGAGAGAGAGAGAGAGAGAGAGAG